AUGCCAUCAACACAUUUGAAUUUGCGCGAAGACGACGUCGUUCGUCUGGCACUCGAGUUUCUCCACAAUCGCGACUUGCACAUCACGCAAUUGUCUCUUGAGCGUGAAACUGGUGUCAUCAAUGGAAAUUACGCCGACGACGUGCUUUUUUUACGGCAACUCAUCCUAGACGGACAGUGGGAUGACGUCCUCGAAUUUAUCCAACCAUUGAGUGCACUCAAAGCUUUUGAAGCAGAUAAAUUUAACUAUGCGAUACUCAGGCACAAGUAUAUAGAACUGCUUUGCAUUAGAGCCGAAAUUAAAGCUUACAACAACGUUGAGAACAUUGUGGACGAGGUGGUGAAAGUACUUAAUGACUUGGAAAAGCUAGCACCCUCUAAAGAAGAAUACUCGAACCUGUGUUUACUGCUUACUUUGCCCAGUAUAACAGAUCAUGCUCAAUUUAAGAAAUGGAAUCCAAGUAAUGCUCGAGUGCAAUGCUUCCGUGAGGUGUAUCCUUUAGUGGAACAGUUUUUACCCUGUGACAAAAAAUCCAGUGGCACCAUUUCUAAGUGCGCUAAAAACGAUCGCUUAAUGCAGUUACUUAUUAAAGGUAUUUUAUAUGAAUCAUGUGUGAAUUAUUGUCAAGCUAAAGCCACGGGAUCGAAAGAAGCUCAGUCAAAUGAAGUAAAUUUUUCGCGACUGCUCGAUGGCUCGGGCUUUGACGAAUCCGACUUAAGUUUACUUUCUUGGUUACAGUCAAUUCCAGCUGAAACAUUUAGUGUACCAUUCGAACAAAGAAUGUUGAAUGUCGAUGUAGAAAAAUUAGAUCGACCUUCUUUACACACUUCGUGGACUGAACAUAUGCUUGUAACGCCAAUCAAACCACGCACGUUCCCACAUUUGGCUAUGCCUUUUAGGAGACCUCGUUCCGCUGCCGAUGCAAUGACAAGGUCAUUGCGACCUUUACCCGAUGGUGCUCCACGACAUCCAGCUGUGAUGGCUUUAUCGGCUAUAGACUACGGCCCUUCUUCGUCAUGUUUUGCUGGAUUUCAUCUUACAGGUAUAAAAGGAAGUAAGCUCAUGAAUACGUCUGUCGACAGGCUCUUUGAUAAUAAAAACGGAGAGAGUAUUUACAACGGUUUGAAUGAAUCGUUGAAGCCAAUUGAUGAGCAAUUGAAACCGAAUACCGGCAGUAUUGGUGCAUCAAAUGCUACCACUCCUGAGAAUAGGGGGCAGGAUUAUUCAGUCUCUACUUCGAUAUCAACUACAGCUGCAUCUACGGAACGUUCGUCUCUUGCGGAACGUGCCCCACAGCAAACGGAAGCUGCAAUAGUUCAAACUGGCGAUGGUGAUUUUCGACGAGAGUUGUUAAAGGAGUAUCAAAUACAGAAGCAACGUGAAUGCGACGACUAUCUUCGAAAUCUCUGUUCCUCCGAAUUGAGGCCACAGAAAUUGAUGGAGCAAGAAAAUGACGUGUCUCCGUCGCCAUAUCAGCCAGCAUCCAAAUACUCGCAACAGAUGAAUCCCGAAGGCAUGCUGGACUCGACCCUAAUCAGAAAGACUGACGUCACCGACAUUCCGGAUGCGGCAGAUGUGACAAAUGUAAGAAAAACUUUAUAA